UGUCAGAAGUAAUUUACUGAAGACCGCCAGUACGCUCUAUGAAUUGGUGGAGGCAACAACACACAUUGAUCAAUUUCCUGUGUAGGUGGUGAUUGUGUUAUUUAUACAUACGAUUUAAUUAUGGAAGACGAGGCCAGUCAGCACAGUCUGAAGAACGAGAAGAACUCUGUUUCGGUCACCCCGUUUUCCAUCAAUGAUAUUCUGAGUAGAAGAAUAGAGAGUAAGGAUGACGACAGUGAUGUGCAAGAAUCUGCGUUGGAUAUGUCGAAGAGUCAAAAAGAAUGUGAGAAUUCACUGACCGGAUUAUCAACCCUAACUCCAGAUUACGCGUCAUCCCACCAAUCAGACGACUCUUGCAGGGACUCCAGCCAACCGAGCCGCAAGAAGAGGUCACGCGCAGCUUUCACGCACGCGCAGGUUUUCGAGCUCGAGCGAAGAUUCAGUCAACAGCGAUACCUCAGCGGUCCCGAAAGAGCGGACCUCGCUGCAGCUCUGAAGCUGACCGAAACGCAAGUGAAGAUUUGGUACCAGAACCGACGCUACAAAACGAAGAGAAAGCAGCUGCAGAUGCAAGAAUCGAACUUGCUCAAUCAGAACGCGAAAAGAGUUGCUGUCAAAGUGCUCGUCAAAGAUGACAUUCCAAUUUUUCUCCAGCAGAAAAAUCCAGUGUACCACAAAAACGGUUUUUAUCCCAAACAAACCAAAAACGACUUCUUCGUUUACGACCAGAUGAGUAAAAGUAUGGUUCAGAAGUACCCCAAGACCAUACAAGAGUCUAUGCUAAAUCUCUGUCAGCAGUACUCGAAUUCUAUGCAGAUCUUUCCCUAUUUCAACUACUAUCACCCCUCUCUAAUUGGCAAUUUGAGUCAACAGGAAGAGGAGGCGAAUUUAGAUCAUAGAGAGGAACAGAAUUGAAACUGUAGAUAUUUUUUGUAGAUCUAGGCUGCGUAGGAUCUCAUAGAUGUAACUGAAUAUAUCUCAAAAGACAAUUUGGAUAAGGUUGUAUCAUUCAGCUGAAGCUUUAGGCACACCUCUAGAGACAAAGCGAGUUAUUUUGUAUAUAUAUAAUUAGAUUUUUCAAGUGCAAUAAUGUGUUCCAGUACUCUCGUACCAAUCUGAACCUAUUGAAGCUUUAGACCCAAUAGUGAUUAUAUUUAAGUAGUCAUACACAUCUAUUAUAUUGAGUAAGGUAUGAAUUACUGAAUUUAAGUAGACUCUUAUUAUUCAAUCGCUCAAAUAAGUAUCACCAAAGAAUUUCGAUGUAAAUGCACCCGAUGCGACACAAUUAUUUCAUUGUAAAAAUGUAUCAUACUGUAUAUAGUAUUUUUUUAAUUUCCGAAUUCUGCCAGUGAUGGUUAUAACACGUUGUGCACUGUGUGUA